ACAAGAGAUCGCGUCAACUGCGUAAGUUACAAUAAACCAAAUUUAAAUCCUAUUACACACAAUGGCGCUCGAUUCUUUCGACGAAUUGAUCGAAUUCCUGAAACCAGAGUCCAGGAUAGACUUGAGACACAUAUCCAUGGACUAUCUCGUCAGCCUAUCGGGGACGGAAGACGGUGUUAACAAAAUGCUUGAACACGAAAGAAUCACUCAAGCCGUCAUCGAAUUAACGGACGACAGAAUCAAAGAAAUCGCUAAACACGCACUCCUGAUGCUCGUUAACAUAUCUGCCUACACGCGUGGCGCUACAGAGCUUCUCAAAUACAAGCCAUUGCGCUAUAAAAACAUAAUCGACCUACUCAUUAGCUACGUAUUGAAUCCUAACAAAACUGACGCAGAUGCCGCCUGUAUGACCCUGUCGAACAUCACGCGACUCGAAGACGAGCUGGAAGUCUGCCUGAACACUUUUAUACCCCAUCUAAACGAUAUCAUGAACGCAUUCGUGAACACAGAGUUUAACAAGACCGGUUCGAACCUGCAUUACCUGGCGCCCAUGUUUAGCAACCUGGCCUGCAGCCACAGAAUAAGGAAGUGGCUCUGCGAAGAGAAUCCCCAUGUACCGUUAAUAAAAUUAAUACCGUUCUGUAACUAUGAUGUGUCCAACAUACGGAAGGGUGGUGCGAUCGGUACAAUACGUAAUAUAUCAUUUGACACAGACUACCACGAGUUCCUAGUGAGCCCGGACUUGGAUCUGCUUACAUACAUUUUGUAUCCCUUAAUGGGCAACGAAGAUUAUCCUGAUGACGAAAUGGAAACACUCCCUGUUACUUUACAGUAUUUACCAAAGGAGAAGCGGAGAGAGCCUGAUAUAGACAUACGUAUUCUGAUACUGGAGACACUGAACAAAUUGUGUGCUCAACGUAGAGGCAGACAGUAUUUACGCGAGAACGGAGUGUACUAUAUAAUGAGAGAAUAUCAUAAAUGGGAAAAAGACCCGAAAGCUUUGAUAGCGUGUGAGAAUGUAGUGGAUAUACUGAUUCAGAAGGAAGACGAGGUCGGUGUGGAGGACCUGUCAACAAUAGAAGUACCUGAGGAAUUGAGGGAAAGAUUCAAUAAAACCAAUAGUGAUUUUAUGAUGAAUCUGCAAUAAAGAAUUAUUAAACUAAU